UCAUCUCCUUGGAUGGUUGCUUGAAGCAGUUUUAUAUGACGGAGAGCAGUGCGACGAGAAGAUUAGAUGGCAUACUGCAUCAAUUAGCGAGUGUUGAGUAGAUGGAGCUGUAGGUUUCUUAGCAGGGCAACAAUGGAGGCCCCGGUGACUGCAGAAACGCCAAGGGGCAGUCAGGUAAUUUUGGUAGAACACUAAGGAUGACAGUGGAUGCGAUCAGCAGAUGGAUCAUACGGGCGCUUCUUCCUCUUUUUAAGCAGUCACCAGCCCUCCCCAAUAGCUCUGCGCGAGCGAGAGAGAGAGAGAGAGAGAGAGUCAUGGUGUCUCGGGAGCACAAGAGAGCUGCUUUCCAUGAGAAGCUGCAACUCCUUCGAUCGAUUACGCACUCUCAUGCACUAAACAAGACAUCUAUCAUAAUGGACGCAUCAAAAUACAUCGAAGAGUUAAAGAAGAAGGUCGAUAAGUUGAAUCGAGAGAUUUCAUGCACACAAAACAGAAUUGACGACAACACACUACCUAUGGUAACUGUUGAAGCCCUACAGAAGGGGUUCCUCAUAAAUAUCUCUUCGGGGAAGAGCUACCCGGGAUUGCUCGUCUCCAUUUUGGAAGCCUUUGAGAAGCUGGGACUCAGUGUCGUGCAAGCUAAGGCUACUUGUACUGAUACAUUUCGCCUAGAAGCAGUUGGAGGAGAUAUUCAAGUGGCCAGGAUGGAUGCUCAAAUGGUGAAACAAGCAGUUCUGCAAGCCAUCAAGACUAGCACCAAGAGUUCUGAUCCAGAAUGACAGAUAUAUAUAGCAGGAGACUUCUUAUGACUACCAAUGCAACCUUUUAUUAACCUUUCAUCUACUGUAAUUGGGUUGUUACAGCCCUGGCUUGAAGGUAGAAUGUCCUAUGUAAAAUUAUAUAUAUGGUUCUUCAGAGUUCA